GGUCAUUGUUUACUUCCGGUUUGAUAUUACUAGUUCCUGUGGAUCCCUAUGACCAUUGAACAAGCUCGAUUCUUUAGCUACUUUGAAACCAGGUGCUAACAUUUAUCGGUCGCCAAGACAAAGAUGAACAUCCUCCCAAAGAAGAGCUGGCAUGUCCGCAACAAGGACAACGUCGCGCGGGUUCGAAGGGAUGAAGCCCAGGCAGCAGAAGAGGAGCGCGAGGCCAUGCGCCGCGUGGAGCGGGCAGAGCAAGAGGCGCGUACAGAAUAUCUAAGAAAGAAAUCUCGGGCUGCUCUCCAGUCAGCCGGAGCAAAGCGAGACGAUGACGAGGAAAAAAGUGGAACGAGUCCGGAGCAUCUCAAUCUAUUUCCUCUGGAGGAGGCCUCAGAGACUAAGGGAAAUGAGGAGUAUCUAAGAGAAAAGAAGGAAGAAAAGGAGAAGCAGGAACGAGCUAUCGGCUUACUUGUGUCUUUGGGGCCACAACCAGGGACAGAGGUGACCCCAUGGUACAUGAAAAGCAGCAACGAAAAAGAAGAAGAGAGGAUCGAAAAGGAAAAGAGGAAGGGUGUAGCUGAAGAGGAGAAAGAAAAGAAGGAUCGUAGAUUGAAGGAUAGUUUGGAUCCUUUGAAGGAUAUGAAGAAAGCAUUGGGAGUUUAUGAGAGGAGGGAGCACAAGAAAAAGAAGAAGGAAAAAAGAGACAAAGGGGAGAAGAAAAGCACAGGAGAGAGUUCUAUAGAAAAGUUACGAGCUGAACGCUUGCAGAGGGAGGCAGAGGAGAGGAGGAGAACCCAGGCCCUCCUGGAUCAGAGGAACGGUAAAAGAAAGGGGACAGACAGAGAAGUGGACGAGAGGGAAAGACCCUACAACAACGCUUUCUUUCCAGAACUCGCCCGGAAGCGGCAAAGACGGGAUCGGGAAAGCUGGAGGGAUGAAAUUCUGAAAUCUUAAAAUGUUUUACUUAUGUAUGAACUGACAUUAGCAUGCAGAGAGAUGUGGGGAGAAAAGAA